AUGGAGCGGAAAGUGGCCCGGGAGUUCAGGCACAAGGUCGAGCUGCUGAUCGAGAAUGAAGCCGAGAAAGACUACCUCUACGAUGUCCUCCGCAUGUAUCACCAGUCCAUGGAUUUACCGGUGCUGGUGGGUGACCUGAAGCUGGUCAUUAAUGAACCAAAGCGUCUGCCUUUGUUUGAUGCAAUCCGACCACUGAUCCCACUGAAACACCAGGUGGAGUACGACCUGCUCACGCCCAAGAGGUCCAGGAAGCUGAAGGAGGUGCGUCUGGAUCGGACUCACCGCGACGGUCUGGGCCUCAGUGUUCGAGGAGGACUGGAGUUUGGCAGUGGUCUUUACAUUUCUCAGAUUGUCAAAGACGGACAAGCUGCUAAUGUGGGCCUUCAGGUUGGAGACGAGAUUGUUCGCAUCAACGGUUACUCCAUUUCCUCCUGUAUCCACGAAGAAGUCAUCAGCCUCAUCAAGACUAAGAAGAUUGUGUCGCUUAAAGUCAGGCAUGUUGGCAUGAUUCCUGUGAAAAGCACCUCAGAUGACCCUCUCAAGUGGCAGUUUGUGGAUCAGUUUGUCUCUGAAUCUGGGGAGAAGAAGACCAGUAUAGCGGGUCUGGCGUCUAUGGGAGGGAAGGAGAUCAAGGAGAAGAAGGUGUUCCUCAGCCUAGUGGGCACCAAGGGCAUGGGCAUCAGCAUCUCCAGUGGUCCCACCCAAAAACCCGGCAUCUACAUCAGCAACGUCAAACCCGGGUCACUCUCUGCAGAAGUUGGUCUUGAGAUCGGUGAUCAGAUUGUGGAAGUCAACGGCGUGGAUUUCACCAGUGUGGACCACAGAGAGGCCGUUGAAGUGUUGAAGAGCAGCAGAAGCCUGACCAUCACCGUUCUGACAGGAGCUGGCAGCGAGCUCUUCAUGACGGACGAGGAGCGACUGGCGGUGGAGGCCCGACGGGAGCUGGAUCGACAAGAGUUGAUGCAUCAGAAGAAAGUUGCUCUCGAGACAAAUAAAAUAGUCAAAGAACAGCAGGAGAAAGAGAGACAAAGAAAAAUGGAAAUAUCGCAGAAGAAAACAGAAGAGGAGGAGCGUUAUAAGAGCGAGAUGGAUAAGAUUGAGUCUGUGGAACGAAAACACAACAGAGACUGGGAUGAAGACUGGGGAACUAAAAACCGUCCAAAAAGUCCCAGGAGCCCUUCUCCAGCGCCACCCGAGCUCAAAACUCCCUCGCCAAAAGCAAAAAGUUCUCAGGAUGAUGAAGACGAGCAAGAAAUGGAAUUUGAGCUGAAACUCGCCAAAGAGAAAGAAGAGAUGUACGAAAAAGAGAAGCAGCUAAAAAUCAACCGACUGGUGCAAGAGGUUUCGGAGACGGAAAGAGAAGACCCGGCGGAGACUGAGAAGGUGCAGCACUGGGUGGAGCGACUUUGUCAGACACGACUGGAGCAGAUCUCCUGUGUCGAAAAUGACUCUCCAGAGCUCUCCCCCCCACGCUCUCCUGCGUCCGAGCCGCAGGUGAGGCGUUUCCCGGGGGGUUUCAACUUGGCCACCACCGACCUGGAUGACAUCAACCUAGACCAGGUGGACCAGAGCCUGCGCAGCCCUCACAUCAAACUGGCCCCGACUCAGCACAGCACCAACCAGCCUCCACCGCCGCUGCCCCUCCCACCCCCAUCGCCCAAAUUCAACCCCACCAUCGCCGCCCACGGCUACUCCACCCAGCGCAGGCCGCCCUCCCCCCCGUCCCACAGAAAACCCUCUACAGUGCCCGCCUCCACGCUGACAAACAGAGGACGCAAACAAGCAGCUCCAAAAAAGGCGUCUCGAGGUGCUCCCUUCCCCCAGCACGCCUCCCGCCCGCCAUCAAGUCCUCAACCAGCGCCACGACCCACGCCUCCCCCACCGCCACCUCCCCCUCCGCCUCCCCCACCACCACCACCACCUCCUCCUCCGCCGCUUCCCCCCCAGCACAAAGAGCCCAGAAUCGCCCGGUAUCGACAGUUCGAGCAGACGCCUCCCCCACUAGCCCCCAGCCCCCCGGAACACAGGAGCGAGUGGGAGACCGGCGGGUAUCUCCCCAGAGGUGGCCUCUACUCCUCCAAUAACAGCGAGGUGUCCUACCCCUCCAGCCCCAAGCAGCUAGCCCCCAGCCCCCCCAACCAGCGGCGCCAGACCACCCCAAUGUCCAAACCCGUCAUGCUGCCUCAGUCACAAAUGAAUCGACCAGACGUGCACAGAACCGCAGUCCGCUCCGAUGGCCUGCCUCCGGAAAUGCUGAAGCGGAUGGUGCCCUACAACACAUCUUUUAAAUCAAACAACAAAAGAAAAGUCUUUGAGAAGCAUGGGGAGGACUUUGACCCCUACGCAAUGUUUUCAACAGACCAGGUAUCAGGACGAGACGUGAGGCACCUGAGAAUAAGAAAGGCUGGACAGCUUGACCUGGCUCUGGAAGGAGGUGCGGACUCCCCUCUUGGAAAGCUUGUCAUAUCAGCUGUUUAUGAAGGAGGAGCUGCAGAUAAGAAUGGUGGGAUAGUCGCGGGUGAUGAGCUCAUGGCGGUGAAUGGGAAGAUACUGAUCGAUGCAUCCUUGACUGAGGGUCAGAAUGCUUUGGCUCGAGCCUGGAAUAGCGGAGGGGACUGGAUUGACGUGGUGAUAGCUGUAUCUCCGCCAAAGGACUAUGAAGAUGAAGUAACUUUCUUCUGA